AUGAAUACCACGACCGCCCAACCGGAUAAUCCCUCGCACCGCCGCCAGUCGUCGCGCAGUGGCUCCAUCUCGUCGUCGUCGCUGCACCGGUCCGCCUCGCUGAGGGACUCCAACGCGGAAUCGCCGUCUUCGUCCACCAAACCCCCCCACAAGCGGGCCACACCGCCCCCGGCCUCGUCCAGACGCCGCUCCAGCGCUGCCAACGGCGCAGCAGAUGGCAUUGCAGCCUCGCGGGACGGCCCAACUGCCUCCAACACCCUGAACCGCUGGUCUCAGACCACCACGACCGCCAGUCGCGACCAGCAGGAGCGGCGCGACACACACCACCAACACCCGCACGCCAACCACCACCACCACCCCAGUUUCUCGCGCAAGCUGAGCAUCACCACCACCCUGCCUGCCACGACGCCCACCACCGCCAAUGCAUCUGCACCGCACCCCAAGUCGCCCUCACGCUCGCCUACGUCGAGUCCCCGCCGACACCGCCCUCGCUCCCCCAUCUACGACCCCCCGUCGUCUGUGACGGCGCCCCCAAAGAUACCCUCGCUGCCCCCGAUACUCCUGCCCUCAACCGUCUACGACCCCAACACUCCCACGAGCACCUCGACUACCAACAACUCGCCCUCUGCGUCCAGCCUCUUUACCCCGAACCUGCUCUCCGGAAACCAGCCACGCGACUACUUCAACUCGAAACCCACGCAGCCCCCGCCUGGCCAGCCGCCUCCCUCGCGCACCACAAAGGCUGAAAGAGUGUUGGGCAAGUCGCCUCUCGGGUCGCCUGCGGUCCUCCACGAGGCCGACUCCACUUCGGGCCCAGGUCGGCCCUCCACAGGACGAAGACCCUCGAUCGCUGCGGCACCCAAGGAGAACGCCCAAAAGCCCCCGCCGAGCGCGGGUCACAGGCAGGCCGCCUCACGGGACCACUCGAGGAGCCAGAGCAGAGAACAGUUCAGAUCCGCCAGCAGAACCCACGCGCGGAGCCCCAGCAGGGAUCACCUUCGCAGCGAAAGCAACGCCAGCGCUAGGCUAGACGACGGCCACCAGGGCACUCCUCCCCGCACACGCGAGCGGAGGGAGAAGGACAAGAAGACAAUGCUGUCGCGCGCCCUGCAAAAGGCCAACACAGCUGUCCUGCUCGACAAUGCGCAAAAUUUCGAGGGCGCCAUGGAGGCGUACGAGGAUGCCUGCAAGCUCCUCCAGCAGGUCAUGAUCCGCAGCUCGCAGGAGGAGGACAGGCGGAAGCUGGAUGCCAUUCGAGUAACCUAUACCAACCGCAUAGAAGAGCUACGACGAUUAGAUCCUGGCUACACUAAUCAUAGUGGCAAAUCGCUACCGGCUCGUCCUAUGAGCGGGGAAUCGCUGGACGAACACCGCUCAAUGCUGCUCCUGGAUGACGACGAGCCGCCUGCAGUCAUUGAGACUGCCACAGUAUCCCGCAUAGUUAACGACCGUUCCAUAUAUGAUACCCCCUCCAUGGGCGAGCCAACAUCGGCUCCCUCACAGCAAUUGCCCCUUCGUUCAGGUUUCGAAGGUCCUCGUGAAUCUGUCAUAUCCACAGCUAUCCGCGAUGUGCAAAGAGGCAUGCAGAACCCACAGUUCAACCUUCAGCCCCCGCCUGGGCGACUUGCCCCUUCUACCUCGUCUGUCCGAUCUUCCACUGCCGAGUCAAUGAUGGACCGUGUAUACAUGCCUCCGCCACUGUCUCCAAAGCGGUCCAAGUCUCCCCUCCUUAGCGGAAAGGCCGAUUCUGAGCCCGGGGAAUAUGGCCGGUUACUGCAACCGCAACAGACAGUCAAGACGAGCCAUCAGCGAGUACACAGCAACGAGUCAACAUCAUGGCUUGAUACUAUAGACGAGUCUGGAGGCUCGUCGUGUUCAUCCUCAGUGCACUCCAUGUCUCCUGGAGGAGUACGCCGAAAGCAUCUACGAAACGCAAGCGGAGGAACCGAGGCAGAAUUCGACGCGGCGCUUGAUGCAGCUGUCGAAGCUGCGUACGACGACGGCUACGAACCUUAUGAAGACGACAUGUCCACCCCUGCGGAUAUGAUAGCGACGAAGCUGCGAAACGUGGAACUAGCCAAAGAGCGCGUACGUGAAGCCGAACGGGAAGAAGCUAUCGCUGCAGCCAAGUAUCGUUACAAGGAGACGCAGCUUCGGAGCGAAGGACUCCCACACGUGCGCGAAAGUGCUGAGAUAAGAUUCAACGACGAGGCGGAUGAGGAAGAGCGGUUAUUGGAUGAGAUGACGAGAGAGUAUAUGCUCGAUGGCUUCGAUUUCGAUCUACAGACAAAGUCGUCAUUACCGCGGCAGUCGGACUCGAGUGGCUUUUCUGGAAGCACGUACAACAGCUCAGUAUCCUCGCACAGAACGACGGGUGGUACAUCACUUUCGACGGUUGCGGAGGUGAUACACCCGACAUCCAAACAGUCAUCCGCACAUGCCCCUCCCUCCGCGCCUGCUCCUUCUGGUGCUUUGCCUGCAUUACCUCCUGUUCCGGAGUCACAAGCAUCGCAAACAAUUGACACAGCAGAAAUUACACCACGACCAACCACCGCAACCAAGGACGCAGCCUCAGUACGAAGCCGGAGACUGUCAGGCCAAAACGCAAAGUCUUUGAAAAUCGAGACUUCUGUACCACCAGUCCCGCCAGCACCGCAUACGGAGAAGCCUCCGGUGCCAGCUAAGGAUGCGCCUACCGAUCUUCCUGUCCAGCCCAAGUCUGCGGCACCAACAUUCAGCACUACUAAGCCAACAUUAGACUCCGCGUUCAAACUGCCCGCGCUGCCGCAAGCGUCCCAACAAUCUGGCCUCCGAGCUCCAUCGCCUCAGCCUCCCCUCUACAGUCCUGCCGAGACUGCUGCCACUGUUUCACCAGCGACGCCCGCCCUUGGUCAUGCUGUAUCCAAUGAGGCUGGUCUUGUGCCAGGUUCACCAAAGACUGGGAAAACCUCAGCCAUGGGAAUCCGGAAGAACAAGUCCUCUCUUAGCCUGAAGCAGCGCAAUCUGUCAAUAUCCAGUCCAGAUGGCUCAGAUGCGUCCAUUGGAACGCCACUCAGCACGACCUUCUCCAUCACGGGGCGGAAACCCAGCAAUGCCGGACUAGCAAUGCCAACACCUAGUAUCCCCACAUUCAACGUUGAUGGUCUACCGAGUGGAGGGAUGCACUUGUUUGAAAGUGAUAUUCACUCACCGUUUUCGCCCGGUUCGCCAAGCCCAGCUGUCACAAACGCACCGAUACCCUUGGAGCCAUGCCCGGAUUCGUAUCUACUGAGACCGUUCUGGCUAAUGCGAUGCUUCUAUCAGACGAUUGCACAUCCCCGCGGUGGAUACCUCUCAACUAAGCUUUUUAUUCCUCGCGAUGUCUGGCGAGUAAAGGGCGUUAAGCUAAAGAACAUCGAGGACAAGACUGCCAACUGCGAUAUGCUUACAGCUGCCUUGCAGAAGCUAGCGUCUGUGGAUACGAACGAUGCAGACGCUGUACUUGAUGAGAUGCAGUCUCUGGAGCUAGUGCUUGAUCAGGUACAAACCCAGCUAGCGAAGAAACUAGGCAACGAAGUCGGUGUGCAGUCCGUAACUGCACUUUUCAGAGACGCGACUACAGUUGGCGAAGGUGCGGCGUCAGCUGAUGGUGUCGGAAAGCAUGGGUCUCAAGACCACACUGCCAAGGGUGCUGUUGCUCAGGGCAAGUCGUAUCUUGCAUCUUGGCGGAAACUCCGAUCAAAGAACUCCGGCGUCAACCUUGCUGGCAUGGCCGGCGGUACCAAGGGUGCUGAAGUACCCAAGGACAGUCUAGUCAUGUCGACGCUUCCCAUGACAAACCUCCCAAGCAUUCGCUUUGCCAAGCGAGACAUUUCUGGUGUUGUGUUUGAGGGUCCCAAUGCAAGCUAUAUGGGUUCUUUGGCGCGGUUGUUCGAUGCGGUCCAGAUACUAGACCAAAUCGCACGCCAAGUCGAAGAUCCAGGUCUCAAGCAUUCCUCCCCUACACAUGUCGGUCUCGAGCUAUCCACACGCCACGCCGCCGAGUUCUUCGGUUUCUACAUCUGUCGGUUUGUCCUUACCGAUGUCACCCUGAUGCUGGAUAAAUUCAUCAAGAGAGGUAGUGAAUGGGUUUUGGUUUAG